UGAAUCUCUAAACUGUGCAUAUUAUAUAAGGCUUCAUCACAAACUAACAAUUACGCUUUUUUUUCCUCCCUCUCUCUCUCUAUCUACGAACUCCGCGUAAACCCAAGUUUCUCUCUCUACCCUUUUUCUUUAUACCAGCUUCUACCUCCGUCGCCGUACUCGCUCCGAUACCAAGUUUCUGAACACGCACGCUUUCGAAGAGGUUAAGUUCGAGUACACCGGUACUGUGCUGUGCUGCCUUACCUGCAUUUCUUCCAUAAUGGGCUGCAUGAACUCGAAGUCUGUGAGGAAGUUUCCGGCACGGGAGGAUUCUCUUGAUCUUGCAGCGGAGACAGCUUUUACUGUCAAUGAGGUUGAAGCACUGUUUGUGCUUUUUAGGAGCAUCAGCAAUUCUAUUGUCAAUGAUGGACUGCUAAGCAAGGAAGAAUUUCAAUUGGCAAUCUUCAAAAACAAGAAAAAGGAUAACAUUUUUGCAAAUCGGAUCUUUGAUUUAUUUGAUGUCAAGAAGCUUGGAGUCGUUGACUUCGAAGACUUUGUCAGAUCUCUCAAUGUUUUCCACCCAAAUGCUUCAUUAAAAGACAAGAUAGCUUUUUCAUUUAGGCUCUAUGAUUUGCACAAUACUGGCUUUAUAGAGCGCCCUGAGGUCAAGGAAAUGUUAAUUGCACUUCUUUUUGAGUCGGAUAUGAAGUUGGCAGAUGAUGUCAUAGAAACAAUUCUUGACAAGACUUUCGUGGAAGCUGACCUAAAGCAAGAUGGGAAAAUCGACACUGAAGAGUGGGAAACUUUUGUUAAAAGGAAUCCGUCAGUAUUAAAAAUCAUGACCCUACCUUAUCUGAGGGACAUAACAAUAUCUUUCCCAAGUUUUAUUUUUAACAGCACUAACGUGGAAAGGGUUGAUGAAACAAGUACAAGGCUUUAGGUUAUGUGAUUGAUGGGACAAUUGGAUGUACCAAACACUGAGAAUGGAAUAGGUGCCAUGCUUGAUUAGUUAGCCUUAGUAAAAUUGUAAAUGACGUUUUUGCAUUGAAAUUUUCUAGCCACAUCUCGAGUUA